AUCCGGAGAUCGUGCCAAAGAGUGCACCUGAGGCCAGAGGAAUAGACUUUUGUGGUACUAAAAAAACCUUCUACAUCAUCCGUUCCGAUGUGGGUGUCUACAUGAGUUGCGAAGAUAUUCACACUGGAAAACGUAUCAAGAUUCACCGUUUAAGUGAGGCCUGUAGAUGGGGCGAUCAUUACUUGGCCACUAACUCUUAUUUCUACAUCAUUAAAGGAGAUGAGUAUCGCAGAGUUACCGACCUGAGUAAAGACGAUGACGCUGUGGUUUACCCUCUUCAUUGCAACUGUCGCGGAGGAAGCGGCUACUACUCUGCCUUUGGUAAUUGGUACAUCGUGUUUGCCAAGAGAGGCACCUACAGACGAGUGAGUAACAUGAACAAAGAUGAAGACGCCGUUGAAUAUAAAAUCCACCAAGCGUUCCAAGAUGGCAUCUAUUUCUGGGGUACCAAGAAUUACGUCUACUGUCUGGAGCAGGCUGGAAAAUGGGGUGUCACCUAUCACAGAAGCACCAACAUGAACUUGAACAAAGAUUGCAAAGACUUCAGCGUGCACGAGUCAGUGCUCAAGUUCCUCCCUGGUGGUAUGGCGCAAACCUAUGGAAAAGUGUUCGGGUGUUGGAAAGAAGUAAAAUGUCUUCGAAACGACUCCGACACUGCUAUUGAAUGGGAAAAAACCAUCAAGAAAACCGUUGGAUUUGACAGGAGCACAAUGUCCUCCAUAGAGUCUGAAUGGUCCAUCGAGACGACAAUAAGCGAAGAAAAGGAGAUUAAAGCCCAAGUUUCUAAAUUGAUUGAGUGUCUCUGUAAAGUUCAGUAUGGCCUCAGGGAGACGUUUGGUGGAAAGAUGGUCAACACAGAGCAGUUCAAGUGGAGUGACACAACUGAAAUAGAAGAAACCGUUAAGGUGAAAAUCCCACCGAAUACCAAGCUGUACGUUUGGCAGUUUCAAAUGGGCUUUGGAGAGAAGAAUAACCUCUUCAGUCUUGACACUGCUAUCACAUACGAUGAAACACCACCUGAGAAACGAUUAGAGUACUUUAAGCAUUAGCAUCUAAAAGUGUGACACAAAUGAACCUUGGUAAGAACUGUGAAUGCUAAAGUUUACUCUGAGUGUAGAUAGGUGUGUUUUGAGAUUUCUUAUCUUUUUCCUGUACUCGUUGAGCAGUAUACACCACGCUUUUUGAGAAUUAAUUAUAUACUGCAUUAAGUUUUUUCCGCUAACUAAAGUCUCAUGUGAUCAUGUAUUCCUAGAAUAAUAGC